GGGAAGAUGGCUUAGAGCGUCCGGUUGCUCGGGGGGAACCGGGGGACUGGUCGCUAGGCGGGGGGGACCCAGUGGCUGUAGCAGAGUCGGCACAGUAUGGCGGCCGCAGGGCCUUUCGGCUGUCGCAGGGGAAACCGGGGGACGAGAGGGCCCGGGCCCGGCGGGGUCCGCCCGGCUCAGCCCUCUUUCCCCUGCUUCGGGGGCACCACGUCCCAGUCGCUUUCAACCACUUCUUCGCCCCUGUGCGUCUGGCGGGCGAAGGAAGCUUACCCCGCCAAACCCCGCUGUACAAUGAAACCUGCCUGCUUGUAUGUGUCGGCAUGUCAAGAUGCAUAGUAUGCGGCUAUGCGCCCCAUUGGCAUUAGAAUGUGGCACUUCCGGGUUUAUGUACAACUCAGCGGUAGUGAUACGUACACAGUUGACUGGGGUAGAACGCAUUAAGUUAUUGCUUGCAGCUUAACGGGAAUGAAUAUAUUAGAUAAUACAUUCUCGCAUUGAAAGUUGGCGCUAAAGGCUUGCCAGAGACGUUUUCUCCCUGAGAACCCAGACGAUAGUGCGCUAGGAAGCAGUACUGUAUUGCGCAUUCACUUGCAGAGUUUUGAAAGUGUUCAUAACCUUGCUUGGCUCCUUCACAAGUUCGACCGCACUGCACUCGCGGCGCAGCACGGUUCCGUCACCAAGCGUCUUCGGGCUGCAAUAAUUUGGCAUAGGGAGGGCCUUGCUGGUUAGAUCAGGAGUGAUGGGCUCGAGUAGCGGGCGGGCGCGUACAUCCGCUGUAAGGUUACACAACGCAUGGACCUUCCGCAACCAGGAGCAGCAGCAGGACAGGAAACCGCAAGGAUAUCUCAUCGACGGCCGCUUCGCGAGCCGGUGCCCAGCAUGACGAGGCGGCUCUGCCUGUGCCUACCAACCUUGGUCGGCGUGGGCAGCAGCGGAACGCUGCGGAGAGGCGCUGGAGUGGGGCAAGGCGCGCGGGGCAGGCGCAGUUGAUAGGACGGAAGAAUGGAAGACGGCGGGGCAGCAGGGCGGCGCGGCAGCCGCCGCCGCCCCGACGAUGACGGCGGCGGCGGCAGCAGAGGCAUGGAGGCAGACGCACCACCGCAGGCGAAGCAGGCGGCGGCAGCGGAGCAGGCAACAUCAAACGCACCAGAGGCGGAAGCCACCGCCGCUGCUAAGACCGAUGGUGCUGCCGCCGCGGAGGAGGAGACGUUUGGCAUUGCUGCGCGCCGGCUUCCCAGGCGUGCGGCUGCGGUGAAGGCGGCAAUCACCACAAAGCAGCAAGUGACAAAGCAGCGCAAGCGCCGCCGGCGGGGCCCUGGUGCCGUGGGCGAGAGCAGCAGCGGCGACGACGAGGGCGCCUCGACCACCUCAACCAGCACGGGUGGCAGCAGCGCUAGCGGGCUCAGUGCCGCCGACAGCAGCGCGGAGGAGAGCGAGGAUGACGAGGAAGAGGAGGAAGAGGAGGAGGAGGACUGGGAGGGCGGUGGCGGCGGCGGGCGGCGGCGGCGCGGACCGAAGCGGCAGCCGCCGUCGCGUGCUGCAGGCACCUCAUCAUCAAGGCAGCGAGGCAGCCACCGACGGGGGCGCGGCGGCGGCGCCACCCCUGGAACGCCAGUAACCAACGACGACGGCGGCGAUGACCCCGGUGCUGCUCCUGCUGGUACCUCACGAGCGGGGGCCAGCAAAGGCAACGGUGGCGCCGGCGGUCGCAAUCGUAAACGGGACGCAGCAGCCGCAGCCGGCUUGCUGCUGCAUGCAGCCGACGGGUCCGCCGCCGCCGGGGACAUAUCGGGCUCGCCGCUAGGGGCCCGGUUGAAGCGCGGCGGCGUCGGGGAGACAUCAGCAGCAGGCAAAAGGCCCUCGAGUACUGGGGCAACGGUGCCCGCCGGGGUGCUUUCUGGCGGAUCCAUCCCCAUGGAUGGACCGGUGGCGACGGAGGCAGCCGGCGGCGCUAGGGCGAUGUCGGCAGGAGAGCCUACCACCGGUGGCGGCGGCGGACAUGCAGGUGCUGCGGACGCCGAGCGAGACGUCGGCGGGCGACUGACGCUGGGCGUGGCGGCGGCUUCGGCUCGCGGUGCCGCAGCAGCAGGGGGCACCAGGGCCAAUUCGCCGGCGGCGACGGUGGCGGCCGCCGGCAGUGGCAUGACCACAGGAUGCGGCGCCGGCGGGUCGGACCGGAACAGGGCCGCCGGCGGCAUGGGGGGCCCGCCGCCACCUGCUGCCGGCGGCGGCAAAUACCCACCCCUUCGUGUGUGCUGCAGUCCGCCCACUGCGGAGCACACAGCGUCCAAGGUCAAAAGGAAGCAGCGACUGCAGCAGCACGCCAAGGCGGCGGCAUCCAGCGGCGGCGGUGCGGCGGCAGCUGGCGGGGCGACUUCUGACGUCAGUGACGGCGGCGCAGAGGCCGACGGCGGCUCCAAUGCAGCCGCCACAAGCUCCGGCGGCGCCGCUGGCUGCGCGGCUGCGACGACCAGCAGUGGAGGAUUCGGUGGCAGCGAUUUUGUGGGCGACGCCGCGGACACGACGCACGAAGUGUUCGGUGUGUUCCACUUUGAUCGGUACUUGGACAAUCGGGACUGUAUCGAACACCAGGGAUCUUUCCUGUCUCGCUCCAAGUUUGAGAAGCUGGGCGGCUCGGUCAUGGCCAAGUGGUACCGCAGCAUCAGAGUGGCGGACACCGGCGAGGCGCUGGGCAACUGGUUGGAACGACACGGCCUGCCGGUGCUGCGCGGAAAGCCGCGUACGCGCGUGCCCAAGCCGAGCGGCCGGCAGCCUCAGCAGCAGCAGGGCUCGGCGGAGCCACAGCAGGCGGAGCCACAGCAGGCGAAGCCACAGGCGGAGCCACAGCAGGCAAAGCCACAGCAGGCGGAGCCAGGCAGGGACGGUGACGUCGUCGUCGGCGCAGGUGCUGGCCGCACCAGCGCCGCCGCACCAUCCGGCGCCGCAUCCAGACACCGCCCCAGCUCCAAGCAGACGGCGCCCGGGGCUCCGCAGCCGCAGCCGCAGCCGCAGCGCUCUCAGGAGUCGCAACAGCCCUCCAGCCAGGCUCCGCAGCAGCAGCUGCUGCUGCAGCGGCAGCAAAGCACUGCCAAGGCCCCAACCGCAGCGCUUGAUGAUGGCCCCGCCGCCAUGCACCGCGACGGUGGUACCCCGGGCGUCCGCGCCGGCGGUGGCCCUGGCUCAUCCGUGGCAGCAGGACACGGAGACGAGCGAGCAGACGCGGCCGCCACGGCAGCAGCGGCCGCAGCCGCACCUGGCGCCGCUUGGGAGCGCCUUCGCAGCAGCGCCGGUGAUGACGCGAGCUUGGGCGCUGCUGCUGCGGCCCACAGGACUGCGCGGUUGAGUGCCACGAAUGUGCGUGCUGAGCACCUGGCUGGCGGCGGCUACGGCGGGCGAAGUAUGGAUGCUGCCUCCGCCGGCGGUGCAGUCGGACGUUCCGUGCUCCUCAGCCAGCAGCCUCCGCCGUCACCGGUCCGGGUCAAGCAGGAGGCUGGAACCGCAGAGCCCCUUGCCGCCGCCACCACCGCCGUGAUGCCGCCGCAGGAGCAGCAGCAACAACAACACACAAAUCAACAUCACCCACAGCACCCGCAGCGCCCACAGCAGCGGCACCCGCAGCUGCAGCACCUCGGUGACUCCUUCGAGGCUCGGGCCGCGAUGUUCAUGAUGAUCGGUAAACCGCCAGUCGGCGGCGAGGCGGCGACGGGACCGGGGGUCGGCACCGGCGGCACAGCAGCAGCAGGCGGCGUAAGCGCAGCCGCAAGCGGCCGGCUCGCAACGGCUCGGAGCAUCGGGUCUGCAGCGGCAGGAGAGGGCGGCGGUGGCGGCGGUGGUGGUGGCGACGGUGGCGCCAGUGGCGCCCUCGGCAGCACCCUGGAGCCAAACCGCGCCGCUGCACGUGCGCGUGGUGGUGGUGGUGGUGCCGCGGGGCCUGCUGCGCCCCACGGUGGGAUGCUGGCGCUUGGCGCAAGCCCGCCCCCGCUGCCCGGCGGCCCCAUGCCCGCAGCAGAAGCAGCAGCUGGCAGUUUCAAUAGACGCAUGUCUCGCAGCUUGAGUCAUGGGCUGCCAAGCCAGGGCGCGGCGCCGGCGGACGCGCCGCCGCCGCAGCAGCAGCAGCAGCAGCCGCAGCUCCAUCGCAGUGGCAGUGUGGCGUUUCUGGGUUUGGCGCUUGACCGCCCUUCCGAGUGGCCGCCUGCGAGCUCAGGUGCCGGUGUAAGUGCUGGUGGUGCUGCUGGUGGUGCUGGCGGUAGCAGCGCUGCGUCGGCUGCGGCAGUGGGAGCGGCGGAUGCAGGCUUUGGGCCCGGCGCGGCGCCACGUCAGCUUGCGCCGUUCGCAUGUGGAGGCGGGGGCGGAGGCGGCGUUUUCCUGGGCGCCGGCGGCGCCGCCGGGGCUCUGCCGCUGAACGUGAGGCUAAUGCACGGGCGUCAACAGUCGGCGGCAGCGGAGGAGCUGCUCGCGGAGCUGCGGCAGCAGCAGGGCGGCGGCGGCGGCUCUGGUGGUGGUGGUGGCCGGCUGCCAGUGGCGUCGCCCUUAACCAUCACCGCCGUCUCUGGACCGGCGGGCGAUCAGCUGCGGCAGGCUCCUGCCGGCCAGGCCCACCACCAUCAACAACAGCGACAGCACGCGCCUGAAAGAGCUGCCAUGGCUACCGUGCCGGCGUCUGAGCGGUCAACAGAGCCCCUGGUAGUGCUGCGCCCGAGCAUGAUGGCAUCCAACCGUCCGGCCCAUGCGGCUGCAUUCGCUGGGGGAAGUGCAUCCCUUGCUGCGGGUGCUGGUGGCAGCGGUGGAGGCGCAGGCGGCGGCGAUGCUGGAUGUGGCGGUGGGGCCGCGCCUCUCAGCCCUAACUGGCUGGCCAACGACGGCCUUCAGCGACAGCUGCUGCAGCAGAGGCUUGGGCUGCAGUCCGCCCUCGCCGGGGCAGGGGUAGACACUGGCGAUUGGCGAUUGCAGCAGCUGCAGCAACGGCAGCAGCAGCAGGGCCCCACCGGCUUUGCUCAGCAAAUGCACCAACAGCAGCAGCACCAGCAGCAGCACCAGCAGCAGCACCAGCAGCAGCACCAGCAGCUGCACCACCGGCAGCAGCACCAGCGUCAGCUAGGUUUCUUCGGUGGUGAGCUUGGCGGUCGGGGCGGUUUGCAGCAGGGCGCGCUGCACUUGUCACAGCGCUCGCUUAUGCAUCAGCUGAGCCUCGGCAACCCUGAGCUAUCACUGGGACCUGCCGGGUUAGAGCCUAUGCUGGCGCUGUCACAAGACAGCGCGCGUGGCCGGACGCCGCCGCAGCAAGCCCACUCAUCAGUCCUGGGCAUGGCAGGCAGUGCGGGGCUGAACCUGGCAGAGCCACCCACGUAUAACUCUGUGGGCACCUCUCAGCAACAGCACCGCAACCACAACCACAACCACCAGCUGCAGCUGCUGUCCCGCCCGCUGCAAGGCCGCCAGCUAAGCGGCGGCUUUACAGGUGGCGGUGCGGGAGACCUGGCAUUGCUUCCGGGGCUUGCGGGUGCAGCUGCAGGCGGAAACAUUGGCCGCGGGUUCAUCGCGCAAGGUGAGACCGGCGGCCACCAGGGUUCACUCUUGCUUCAAGCUCUUCAAGAGAGGGAGCGGCGGGUACACGCUGACGUGGCGUUUGGCGGUCUGGGUGGGGACCCGUAUCUGCAACAGCAGCUACUGCAAAGGCAGCUUCGUGAGCUGCAUCAACAGCAACAGCAUCUGCAGGUGCAGCAGCCUCGGGGUGGGGGCGGUGGCGGCGGCGGUGGAAGAGAGGGUGGAGAAGGAGGAGCGAGUCAUGGCUGGGGCCUUCCUUUUGACUUAUAAGCUAGCGCUGCAGAGUUGCGCUGUGAAUCUUGCUCAAGUACCUAACGGAAAAGCACAUAUAUGACCAUACCGUCAGGCAUCGUGUGACAGCUUUAAGAAGUACGUGUUCUGUUUGUUAUUUGGGCAGUCGAGGUGCUCUAUAACGUCUUGAGGUGGGGUCGGGCGGUCCACGGGCUUGCUCAUUGGCGUUGAAGCCUACAGUAAAGGAAGUGGUUAGGAAUGAACGUGGACAGUACGAAGGAAUGGGGCCUGAUAUGGCACAGCCGACCGGCGGUGAAGUGCACUGUUUGACUAGCUGGGUGCCGCAUCCAAGCAUGCUUACCUUAGUUGCAAAACAUAGUCUAAUAUAAUUUUCAGCACAUGCGCAUCACUUUGAUGGCUGGCACAGUGCGGCUUGUUGAUGAAACCCCAACGGGCACGACUGGCACACGCGCAAGGGCUUGCGCAAGGGUACAGUGCGACUGCCGCUGCAUCUCAUGGGUGGUUGUGGUACAACAGUGGUUCGCUGGGUGUACACCGCCCCCUACUUCACACAGCUGCCCCUAGCGGACCGACUCACGGCCGGGCCACCCAUUGGGCCACUGCUCGAGUACAGGCGUGUGUCUGUGGGAUUUAUGUGUGUGCAUGUGAGUGAUUGUGUUUGUGUGUUGUGGGGGCGGGCAAAUCGAGAGCAAGCCUGACGAUCGGUGUGCGGUGGUGGGGCAUGCGCAGGCAUCGUGGGGGGGAGGAGAAAACAAUGAUGCCACGAGGAGGCACGGGCAGAACUGGCACACGCGCAAGGGUACAGUACGACUGCUGCUGCUUCACAGCGGCAUCUCAUGGGUGGUGCUGGUACAUCUUGGGCAACAGUGCUUCGCGCGUCCUGGUGACAGGUCAGGCUGUAAUGUCUGGCUCUGCACCGCCCUAGGCUGUGGUUACCAUGGCACCGGCCCACAUGCUGGGGUCCCUGCUCAACGCAUGAUUCAAGAUCAAGUGCCCGGGGCUUGGCAUGCAUGCUAGGAGAAUUCCUGCUGUUUGGUUGAUUGCUGGCUGUGCUUGUGCUUGACAGCGGGACGUGGCUGGAUGCAUGGCAGCCGUGCCUGUACGAACCGGCCCCGGUUAUGGCCGGGAGAUGAGGUAGAGGCUUGCGGCCUCUGACUAGAGACGUGGCGUGGGCUGAGCCCGCUUUGCCCUUGCAAGGGGAAACCAUA